CUCAGCUUCUCUGCGACCAACAUGUCUGUAAAACUCGUCCUCCUGGCCGCCCUCGCGGCUCUGGCCUCCGCCGUCCCCCGUCCCGACUCUCCUCCCGUCUACCACGCUCCUCACCCGACCUACAAGCAGCCAGGAAUGCCCUUCGACUUCAGCUACGCCGUCAGGGACCCUUACUCGGGCAACGACUACGCCCACGCCCAGACCAGCGACGGUCACGUCACCUCCGGAUCCUACAGCGUGGCUCUUCCCGACGGCCGAACCGAGAUCGUCGAAUUCACCGCCGAUCACGACAACGGCUACGUCGCCAACGUCGCCUACGAGGGAGAGGCCUCAUACCCCGCCCCCGCCCCCUACCACCCCACUCCCUCCUACCAUGCCCCCGCCCCCUCCUACCCUCCUCCCCCACCCCACCCACAUAGGAAGGAGUUUCCAAGCUCAAGCCAACGUCGAAGCUCUCACAAAAGUCACGAGGCAAGCAAAGGUGCUUCCAAACAGACUUGCCUCAUUGCCUCCAGCGGGAAGUCCCUUGCAUUGCAGAUAAGAACUUCUCAUAUCAAAUUUUCUCAAAUUACCUCGACACCAAAUAGCAUGCAGUUACUCAUACCCGAUGCCUCUGACUCGACCUUGGCUUGCUGA